AUGGGCCCCGUUGUCAUUAAGCUCGUCAAAGGUGUCGCGGCAGGUAUCGGCCUUGCCUCCGAGGGAAUAGCUGCCCGCAAGGCUAAGAAGACACAGAAGACCCAAGCGGAAGCGAAUAGGGGAAGCCUUGCAGAUGAUGAAUCCGAACUCGUCGUGGAGAGGGACGCUGUCAUCGAUACUCUAGAAGAGCAAUGGGCCCUUGACGAAGCGCAAGAAGAGCUCCAGCACACAUCACACCCCCAGGAUGACCCCCUCCGUAUACGCAGACCCAAGGACCGUAAUCGUGGAUUCCUUCGCGCCUAUGCGCCUGACUUGGCCCCAUUUGGCAUUGACCAGGCCACGUUCCUUGAAUUCUUGGACACAGCCGAGAAAGGCUGCCGGGCGCACCGUUGGCUGCAGGCUAUUAACCUGGCUGCCCUUGUGGGCCACGCCAUCCCAUCUGUUGCGGCAGUUGCAGUAUCAGUGGCAAUCCAUCAAUUUGCCAACCUGACUAUCGCCGCAGAUGGCCGUCGGAGGACCAACAAUUUCUUUGAUCAGGCGAACGAGGAGUUCUUCAAACCUCGUGGGCUGUACUGUCUAGUCUUGACCUGGAUUCCGGAAGAGCCAGACGCACCAGCAAUGUCGAUGGAUCUCCAGUCCACUGUUGCUAAAGCCAUGACCGGCAAUGAUUCGACCAUGCUAGGGUCAAACAAGCUUAGACGCCUCCAGCAGAAGUUCAAGACGUCUGACGGCAAGAAUUAUGGAAACCCUUUUCCAGAGGUUGCGCCCCUCGUUUUCCCCGAGCUGGACCAGUUAGAAAACGGGAAGGCCGCGGAGAAGAAGCUUUCUAAAACAAAGCGACGGGUUGAGUUUGUCAAGACCUACUUGGACAAAAGAGCGCAAGCUACCUUCCAAGCGGAAAACCCUGACAGCCAUUUGAACCAACGGCCAACACCGACAUUUGCCUCACGUUAUGCUGAUCCUAACCAUGCAGCUAGCAGCGGGGAUCUGCUUAGCUUGGUGACGGGGGGCUAUGCCAGCAGAGGUAGCAGGAGCGGCCGAGGCGGCCGAGGCGGCGGCGGCGGAUUGAUUGGCGGACUGGCAGAGCUCAUCAGAGAUCCCCAGGGGCUCAACCGCGAGGCUACACAAAACGCAGGCGGGAGGGAACCUGGUCCAGGUGCCGAUACCCUUAUAGGCGGCGGUCUGGUUGAAAUUCGCAAAUUAUUCGAAGGAAAAGUGAUAUACCUGGCAAUUGUGAAUAUGCCAUCCGAGGCUGAAAUGAGGGUGGCACACGAUGCUCUGGAUCUGCCAAUGAAUUAA